GUGUGUGUGUGUGUGUAUAUGUGUGUGUGUCUUCAGAUCAUGGCUCUUCAUCGUCUCUGGCGUGUGUCGUCUCUGCUGCGUUCGGUCGUGAGCGUGACUCUGCGCAGGAACAUCGGUCUGUCCGCCAUCGUCUUCAACAAAGCCAGAGACCUGGAUCCCGUGCAGAAGCUCUUCCUGGACAAGAUCCGCGAGUACAACACCAAGAGCAAGGCCGCCGCUGGUGGUGUGGUUGAAGCGGGUCCUGCGUAUCAGAAGAACCUGACGGAGGAGAUGACCAAACUCCAGCGUUUAUUCGGAGGAGGAGACCUCACCAACUUCCCUCAGUUCAGAUUCCCAGAAGCCAAACUAGAAGACGUGACGACCAAAUGAUGAACACAUCUGUCCCUGCGCUGGAAUUAUGAGCUCGAUAUUUAAUAAACAGUCUUUGGUUGAAACAUCAGUUCGUC